AUGUUUGGAGGCCAAAGGAAGAGGCGGAUUGGAAUUGUGGGCUAUGGACAUCUAGGCCAGUAUCUGACAAAACGAAUCCAAGAUGAAGGGUUCCAACAUGGUUUGGAGCUGGCUUUUGUUUGGAACCGGGAUGCCAGCAAAAUGGAGGACACUGUACCAGUGGAGCUGAGGUUGGGGAAGUUGACAGAUUUUUUACAAUGCCAUGCUGAUGUCAUUGUUGAAGUGGCACAUCCCUGCAUUGCCCAAGAUUAUGGGGAAUUCUUCCUUAAAGCUGCAGAUUUUAUGGUGGGAUCACCAACAGCCCUAGCAGAUGUGAACACUGAGCUUAGAUUACGUGAAGUAGCAAAAAAGACUGGACACACACUCUACAUCCCCAGUGGGGCUCUAUGGGGUGGCCAAGACAUUCAAAGGUUGGAUGAUACAGGGAUGCUCCAGGCAUUAACAGUCACUAUGACUAAACACCCGGACAGCUUCCGGUUGAGUGGGUCUCUUGGGGAGCUUACAAAGGGAGAUCAGGAGGAAAGCAUGGUGCUGUACAAUGGCCCUGUGCGGGGUCUGUGUCCCUUGGCCCCCAACAAUGUCAACACGAUGGCAGCAGCUUGCAUUGCCGCUCCAAGUCUGGGCUUCGAUGGUGUAAAAGGUUGCCUGGUGGCAGAUCCUAAUGUCCCUGACUAUCAUGUGGUGAUGAUUGAAGCAACAGGGCCAGGGGGCUUCUCAGUCAGCACCAGUCGCAAGAACCCAGCUGCUUGUGGGGCUGUUACAGGGUCAGCCACCUUUGCUACUUUCUGGAGCAGCCUAUUGGUAUGCCAAGGACAUGGAGGCCGAGUCUAUCUGUGCUGA